GUCAAUCCAUAGUUUAACACUCUUCAUUCAUUCAAGCGUUUCACUCCCUCUUACAGAGUGCUAUCUUAAAUCCUCGUUGAAGCUAUCUUAAGCUUUAGCAGAGAAGGACCCUCUUCAUUGUCAUUUAGCUCUAUAGGCCAAGGGUUGGGUCCCAUCGGUUAAAGAAAUGUCCAAUGUUGGAACCUCUCUAUUGGUGCCUUCUGUCCAGGAACUUGUAAAGCAACCCAUCACCAAAGUUCCAGAGCAAUAUGUUCGUCCAAAUCAAGAACCUCCUGUUGUAUCUAACACAACCUCUUUACCACUAGUCCCAGUCAUAGACCUCACUAAAUUAUUGUCUCAAGAUGCAACUGAGCUAGAGAAGCUAGACCAUGCAUGUAAGGAAUGGGGAUUCUUCCAGCUGAUUAAUCAUGGAUUCAACCCUUCAUUGGUGGAAAACAUAAAGUUACGUAUCCAAGAGUUCUUAAGUCUUCCAACGGAAGAGAAGAAGAAAUUUUGGCAAACCCCAGAAAAUGUAGAGGGGUUUGGUCAGUUGUUUGUUGUAUCUGAGGAUCAAAAGCUAGAAUGGGCAGAUAUAUUCUACAUGACCACUCUUCCAUUAUCCGCAAGGAAUCCUCGCUUAUUUCCUUGUUUUCCCCAACCAUUGAGAGAUACCUUAGAGGACUAUUGUUUACAAGUGAAAAAACUUUGCCUUACAAUCAUUGAGCAUAUGGCAAUAGCUCUUAAGAUCGAACCUAAGGAAGUGCUAGAGUUAUUUGAUGAUUUAAGUCAAGCAAUGAGGUGGAAUUACUACCCUCCAUGCCCCCAACCAGAAAAUGUCAUUGGACUGAAUCCUCAUUCUGAUGCUGGUGCCCUUACUAUUCUUCUCCAAGCCAAUGAAGUAGAAGGCCUCGAAAUAAGAAAAGAUGGAAAGUGGAUUCCUGUUAAACCCCUCCCUAAUGCUUUUGUCAUCAAUGUUGGAGACAUUUCAGAGAUACUGACCAAUGGGAUUUACCGGAGCAUUGAACAUCGAGCAACAAUUAACUCAAAGAAAGAGAGGAUUUCCAUUGCCACAUUUCAUAGGCCUCAAAUGAGUAAAGUUAUUGGUCCAAUACCAAGCCUUGUCUCUCCUGAAAGACCUGCAUUGUUCAAAAGCAUUGGUGUAGCAGAUUACUAUAAAGCAUUCCUUUCACGUGAGUUACAAGGGAAAUCACUGCUUGAUGUCAUUAGGAUCCAAAAUGAGAUUGGUAAAUGAAAAAAUUACGUAUAGGACUUUGCUUGGGAGUUGGGAUUGAAUAAUAAAACAUGUACUCUGUAAACAAUUAUACGGUGGCUAAUGUAUAAUAAAUUAAUAAUGCAAUCCACUAGGUGUUAAAUACUGUUCGACGCUUCAAGCUGAUCAUGUGAUAGCUUGGAUGCUAAUGUCGAUUUGCGAAGUUAUAUCAUGGGACUUGAAAUGUGUAUUCUUGUAUUAGUUUGCUGAUAUAUGCCUCAGGCGUGUUCCCCAACUUGUAGCAACAAAUAUUUUCUCUA